CGGGGGCGGGGGACCGGGCGUGAGGGGCAGGGUCCCCUCCGCCCCAGGCGGCGGCGGCAGGGUCUCGGUGGAGACCCUGAGCCCUUCUGCGUGCCGGAGGCCUCUGCCCUUCAAGCCGAGCAAGCACGGCUGCCAUAUGGGCAAAGGAGACCAAACUUCCGAGGCCUUGUAGGUCUUUACUUACCUUGUUUCUGUGAAGAGCUUUAUUGAGACAUAACUUACAUGCCAUAAAGCACCACAGAGUUCACGUAUGCGUCUUUGUGAAAACUGUCCCGAGAAAGGAAACCAAAGCACACCGAAGACAGCGAGGGACUCUCUCGGAAGUCCUCGGCUGACUUUGGGCGUCAGGGCAGCCUGUCAGGAGAUUGAUGGUUUCCAGGUUGAAUCCUCCUGGCUUUCGGGGUCCCCUGGAGAGGAAGAUGUCCGGGCCACCAGCUCGGCGCCCUCCUGUGCAGGCUCCACUCUCCCUGGGCCUCUCCCUUUUGCCGCUGUUGCCCCCUUGUGUGGCUGGGAGGGAGCCCUGACCUUGGGGCCGCUGGUCAGCCUUACAGGAUGGCGGUGAUGUUGCAGCCAGGAGAGGGCCUGGCACGGUGGGCGGGCAGGCCCCUACCCAGCGCCCUGCAGUGGAGGUCAGUGUGGGGACCCAGCACUGGGUAGAGUCCAGGUUCCAAGAGGGUUGGCCAGGUGUGGUAGGCUUCCGGCUCAGGUGUGAGUUGGCAUGUGCCCUCUACCCCCGUCCUACCCUCGGCCACACCUCCAUAAAGCAGAGCCUGCCAGACCCAGGAGGGUCUCCGGUGGCCAAGGAGCCCAGACUUCAGAAGUGGGGAUGGAUGUAGGGGGUCAGGGCUUUGGGCCACACCCUGCUGCCUCCCAGUUCUCCAGCCCGCUAGUCUGUCCAGUUUGGAACCCUUGGCUUGGUGAGCAGGCCUAGUGGGUUGGUUGGGAGAUGGUUUUUCUGGGAACUCCAUCAGCUCUUGGUCUGGGAGGCAGUUUCUGGCUUCCUAAUUUUUAGAGGGAUGAAUGAGAGAGAAUGGCUGUCUCAUUCUGCUCUGCAAUCAUGACAAAAUACCACUGAAGGGGGCUUAACGGUUUUCUCACAGUUCUGGAGACGGAAAAGUCAAGAUCAAGGUGCUGGCUGAUUUGGUUGCUGGUGAGGGGUCUUUCUUCCCGGCCUCCAGGCAGCUGCCUUCUCACUGUAUCCUCACCGGGCCGCUCUCCCGGGUCUCUUCCCAGGAAGGCUCUGAUCCCAUCCUGGGGCACAGCCUCAUGACCUCACCCAACCCUCACCAUCUCCCAAAGUCCCUGCCUCCUAAUUUCACCCCCACUGGGGUUAGGGCUUCAAACAAUGAGGGGACACAGUUCAGUCCAUAGCUGUUCCUGGAAGGGGACAGCUGCCUGGGCUGGGCAGGCGGGAGCUGUGGCCUGCCACGCAGCCUGCACUCUCCGGUGUCCUCAGGUCUGUCCUGCCAGGGGCACCCAGCAAACCGUUUCCUGUGCUAACACCCCAUCCAGCAAGAGCACCUUGACACGUUCCCUGGGGGUCCCUAACGCAGGUGGGGCUCUCCCUGCCCUGUGAGCAGGUGCAUUCUCUGGUGAACCUGACAAGAUAGGUCCUCAUGGGGGUCAGGGAUUCCCUCGGAUCUGGAGCUCGUUUUCCUAGAAGCGUGUGGGUGUCAUCUGCGUGGAGCCAGAUAAGGGUGGCGUCCCUCUCUGUGGACGAGUCUCCUGAAACCAGGUGGCUGGUUCUCUUCAUGCCCCAGCAGAGGGAAGCUGAGGUGACAUCUCAGUGUGGCACGCCUCGUGCUGCUCGUGGGAUGGCUGGGUGGCUGCUCUAACCACCUCGGCCCUAAAGGUAGGAGCUAAGAGCCUGGCGGGUUGGAACGACUUGCCCGAGGCCGCGCCGCGCCAAGCAGCAGCCUGAGAUCUGGCCAACCCUGUAGCCGUCCCCCGCAGCACAGGUGCUGGCAGCCGCCUAGAGGACUGGCCUCGGUGGCCAGGCUCGGGAGGCCUCUCCCGCCGCUGAGCCUGAUGCCUCCCCAGGCCGUGCUCCGUGGACAGUCCGGCUCAGCAGUGACACCUGUUGGGGGCGGUGAGCACCUGGACCGGGCAGAAGGGUCUGCCUCGUGCCGGGCUCCCCAGGGUCUCGGCGGUGGUGGCCGCGGCGGGGCCAGGUUGCCGGGCGGGAGCCUGGUUCCGGCCUCCCCGGGGCUGUGCUGGCUGGUGGGCGCUGGGCGCUGGGGCCUGUGGUGGUGUGAUGAGCUGCCAGGACCCGUCGUCCAGAGAUUUUUGUGGCCAGAAACACAGCCUGCGGGUGUGGGAGAUGGAGGCCGGGCCCAGGGUUCUAUGGCGUUGGGCCCUUUGCUCCCCUCCCGUAAAUAUUUAGAGAGGCUCGGGUCCCAGCCGUAAAUAUUUGAAAGUGCAUCAUGGUGAGCGGGGCUCCCUAGGGGAGGAGGGAUUGAUGACCCACUGAACUUACUGAUACGUCCUACAAGGGUAUCAGCAGGGGCCCUGGCUGAGGUUGCAGGAAACCAGGAUAUUGGGAAGUGUGUGCAUGUGAUAACAUCAGAGAGACGCUUCUCAGAAUCACGGGCUGUUGGCCCUGAAGGGGCCUCGGUGGCCUUCCUGCCUGACCCCUCCCAGGCCAGGCGCCCACCCCAGCGAGCUCGAGGGGACCUGGGUCCUGGUGCUGCGGUUGGUGGCCCCGCCAUCUCGGGGCUCAAGGCUCGUCUGCCCCCUGGGGACAGAGGGUGAGUCCGGCCUGGCCAGGCCAAGUGCAGGGAGGGCAAAGGCAGGGCCGACCCAGACCUGUGACCCCCACCCCUGUGGGAGGGAGGCCUCGGCCUCGGUGGCCCUCCUCUUACCGGCUGUCACACAGGCUUCCCAGGACAGCACUGGAUGCUUCCUUAAGAAGUUUCUCCAGUACUUUGGCAGCCUUGUGUGAAGCGGACCGGGGGGAUGCUCUCCUGGGCCGGCUCGGGAACCUGAGAGGCGGGCGGGCCCCAGCUCGGCCACAGACACAGCUUCCUGUUUCUAUUUCGGUCGGUGCCUUGCAUCAGUGGAGCGCUUUCGUCUGUGAAGUGGGAAGGAGGCGGCCCCGGGAGUGGUGAGGCCGGGUGGGCCGCUGCCCGUGGGGACCGGGCGCCCCCGGCGCUGCUGCUCCUUCCCCGACGGCGGGGCGCCCGGGGGCCCAGGCCGGGCUCAGACCCCAGAGCUGGCUCCCAUGCCCCGUGCAGAGGCCACGGCUCUGCCUGCCACCCUUCUCCGCUGGCGGGCCUGCCCCCUUUUGGUCCCGAGCCAGCUUCUCUUCCAGACCCUUCCCCCAGCCUCAUUUCUUCCAGAAGGCACAGCCGUCCUGGGGUGGGCUGCCCAGCGCUGAGCCACUUGCCCGAGCCGGUCCUCCCGGCCGCAGGCGAGGAAGCGGAGCUCCCAGCGGGCCGGGAACAGAGCCCGGGUUAGGGUUGGGCUCAGGGUCACGGGGUGCAAGGGGGAAGGAACUUGACCUAGCGUCGUGUUUAUUUAUUAUUUGUUUUUCCUCUUUGUUGUGAAAGUGCAACAGUGAAACUGACAGGCGCCCCAGGGGUGUCCCACUGCCCGCAUGGGGCCUCCAGCACGUCCCAUCGGUUCACGUGUGACAGACACGGACUCUAAAAACCCACGAUACGGCGCCCACGACUGAAACCAAAUUAGAGUCGUUCCUCACGGGACGGUCUCCAGUCACCUGUCAGGUUCUCCCGUGGGCCCCUCCUGCGGGUGCCAAGCCCCCUGUCCUUUGGCGGCCAGACCCUGGCUCUAAACUCAGAGCUGGAACCGGAGGCUCUGUCAGACUCUGGUUUGAGUUUCUGGCAGGAUUUUAGGAGGUUCGGGUGACGUCCGUGUGGCAGAUGUCCAGGACAACGUGUCCCGGGCCCAGCGCGGAUCUUCUCUCUGGUGAGAACAGCCUUGCUGGGCCCCUGCACCCCGUCUCCCCUCCAGAAGGGACAGCACAAGCGGCUCCCGCGUGACCUCCAGGGCUCGGCUCCUAGCUCAGCUUCUUCGAGUUUGUGCCUCUCUUCUUCAACCAGAAGAAGUCUCGGUUCUCAGUGAGGCCGACACACACCUGUGCUGUUCGCCAUCCCUCCCCCUCCUCCUCCUGAGUCUGUGCCGACGCCUGUGUGAUGCUGCUGGUGACACGUAUCGUCACCACACGCGGCUCCUGAAAGCGGGGCUGCAGCCGCACCGCCUUCCGCGCCAGCCAGCACACAGGUUCCCUUCUGCCGCCUGGGUUUGUCUUUUUAGGGAAGUUUAUAAGUUGUGUUUUAUUCCAAAGUCAAAAAGGAGGCAUCCAGGUCUGGCCAGCUGCCCCCGCGGGGUAUCCCCCUGCUGGGCGAGCAGGAGGCCGGGCGGCACGUCCUGCCCUUGGGUGACUCGGGCUCCCCGCCCGGGUGUCCCCACCCUGCUCUCAGCCCCGCACCGCAGAUCCCGAGAUCACCCGUGCCUGGGGCCGAGGUCCUGCCCGCGGAUCAUUCCCGACGGACGCGGCGCCACGGGGCGCUGACCCCCGUGCCCGGCGCCGGGGCUCCAGGUGAGGGCGCGGCUCCUGUGUCUCCUCAGGCUUCACGCGUCGCUGCCGCAGCCGCCGCCCCGCCAUGGAGGGCCAGGAGGAGCAGCGCCCUCGCGAGGCCAACACAGAGCCCAUCGUGACUUCAGCGGGUUCGGAGGUGGUGCCCAGGGUGCUCCCCGGAGAGCCCCAGAACCUGUCCGACGUGGACGCUUUCAACCUGCUCCUGGAGAUGAAGCUGAAGAGGCGGCAAGAGCGGCCCAACCUGCCGCGCACGGUGACCGAGCUGGUGGCCGAGGACGGGAGCCGCGUGUACGUGGUGGGCACGGCCCACUUCAGCGACGACAGCAAGAAGGACGUGGUGAAGACCAUCCGGGAGGUGCAGCCCGACGUGGUGGUGGUGGAGCUGUGCCAGUACCGCGUGUCCAUGCUGAAGAUGGACGAGCGCACGCUGCUGCGUGAGGCCAAGGAGAUCAGCCUGGAGAAGCUGCAGCAGGCCGUCAGGCAGAACGGGGUCAUGUCGGGACUCAUGCAGAUGCUGCUGCUGAAGGUGUCCGCCCACAUCACUGAGCAGCUGGGAGUGGCCCCCGGCGGCGAGUUCAGGGAGGCUUUCAAGGAGGCCAGCAAGGUGCCUUUCUGCAAGUUCCACCUGGGCGACCGGCCUAUCCCCGUCACCUUCAAGAGGGCCAUCGCCGCCCUCUCCUUCUGGCAGAAGAUCAAGCUGGCCUGGGGCCUGUGUUUCCUGUCGGACCCUAUCAGCAAGGAUGAUGUAGAGCGGUGCAAGCAGAAGGACCUGCUGGAGCAGAUGAUGGCCGAGAUGAUCGGCGAGUUCCCCGACCUGCACCGCACCAUCGUGUCUGAGCGGGACAUCUACCUGACCUACAUGCUGAGGCAGGCGGCCCGGCGCCUGGAGCUGCCUCGCGCCUCUGACGCCGAGCCCAGGAAGUGCGUCCCCUCCGUGGUGGUGGGCGUCGUGGGCAUGGGCCACGUCCCUGGCAUCGAGAAGAACUGGACCACCGACCUCAACAUCCAGGAGAUAAUGACUGUCCCCCCGCCGUCCAUCUCAAGCAGAGUGUCCUGGCUGGCCGUGAAGGCCACCUUCUUGGGCCUCCUGGGCUACGGCCUGUACUGGAUGGGGCGCCGUGCCAGCAGCCUGGUCUUGUCACUGCCUGCCGCCCAGUACUGCCUGCAGAGGGCCUCCGAGGCCGGGCCACACAAGUAGGAAGGACAGAGGGAGCCACCACGUCCGUCCAGGGGGCUGCCCGCGGCUGCUCCUGUGACACGGCCGAGGGGCACGGGGGGCCGGCCCCCUGAGGAGCUCCGGGGUGCCACCCCCCAUGGGGGUCCGGCCUAGCCUCGCCUGCCCUCUCCCAACCCGCCCAAAUAAAGAAUUAUUUCACUGUCUGAGCUCGGGCUUCCCAGCAGCCCCCCUCCACCCUCUCCCUGCGGGCCGCUAGGAAGUUCACCGGCCCGGGAUGAGCUGGCGGGGAGGGGUGAGGCGCGGUGGGCCGCAGCCGGCCAGCCCCUACCUCACUGUGCCUUCUCUCCGCGUCGCAGGGGGCGCCUCGCGGGGCUGCCAGGCCAGCACGCUGGCGAAGGGCAGCUUGGCCCGUGCAGCCCUUCGCGGGGCUGCUUGGCGCCCCCUGAGGGGCGGUGGCCCCAGGUGAGCGCCAGCAACAGCUGUGCCUACAGAGGUUGUGUGUUUCUGGCUCUUAAAAGUGUCUGAAACUUUUCUACUCAGGUAAUUUUAACUUAAAACAAACUGAAAUAAAUGUCAGGGAAUACUAGCCUUAAAUCUGGUUGGGACAGAGAACAUCUUUCUCUUGGAGUCUCGGUCCCAGGAAGACAGGGGUGUGGCGGGGGUCAGUUUCGGCCAUGGGCAGCCAGGCUGGCCUCCAACCGCUGCCCGUCCAGCUGCCCCCGUGGUCUACCUCCAGCCGUGGGGGCCCAGGGCCGCCACCGUCUCGGGGUGGAGCCUGCCUGGCCCGCGGGCGGUUGAACCUGCUUCCUGUGCAGCUGGUGGUGGGAGCUGGGGUCACCCCGACCCUCAGUGGAUGGGUGGCAGUUGUCCACCAGGGCCCGCCAGCUUGCCCAGGAACCGCCUUGGGUGCAGCUGGGCCCAAGGUCGAGCUGGCCCCACACAGCACUUGACCCCGGUCAUUGCCUGUUUGCGUCGUGUCCUGGCCACCUGUUUUCGACGUAGCAUCUGUGCAUCCCGUCAGGGGCCCAGGGCCACGUUUGGUUGUAUCUGUGUUGACUCAGUGUCUAAAUCAGGUGAAACCCAUGGCCCCAAUCUGGGCCGGGGAGCCUUGGGCUGGGCCAUGUCCUUGUCGUUCACACGCUCGUGUACACGUCCCUUAGAGACUGAAAUAAAAUCUAAUUUUGGAA